AUGCAACGCACAGCCGACGUGACUCGCCCUCUUCUGGGCGGGACUGCGACUAACCACCACUACGACGCCGACACCAGCUCAGUCGCGGAGUCAAAGGCUUGGACAACUCGAGCAUCGGAUCGACUCAGGCGGCAAUGGCCCAUCUUACGCAUUCUCGCCGUCGCGCUCUUCUGGGGAGCGGCAAAUUACGGUGCGGUGCCGUCCUAUCUGGACGGCCUCCGCAGCUACACGUGCGCUUACGUCUAUUCGACGCAUCCCGGCUUGCUGCCCACGCAGCCGAAUCCUCGGCUUCCUCGAGAUCGCGACCGACCCUGCGCCGUCUCGGGUGUCGAGAGCAGGGUCGGCGUUGUGGUCGCCGCCGCUACCAUGCUUAGCUUCGUCGUCUCGAGCAUCAGCAUGCUCUACUACGGUCCACGCCUCUCGAAAUGGGGUCGCAAACCCAUGCUGCUCAUCUCGCUCGCUUCCAACAUCAUCAACUAUAUCCCCUUUGCGCUCCUUCCGCUCGGCUACCCUUUCGGUGACAUCCCGUCUGAGCUGCCGAUCAGCCCUGCCGCUUCGAUGAUCUUUGUCCUCCUCUGCAGCUUCCUUACGGGCCUCACCGGAUUCACGGGCCUGUUUCUCUGCGUAAUGCGGGUCAUGAUUGUCGACGUUGCACCACCCACACGCCGAACCGUGGCGCUCAACUGGCUCAUCAGUGCGACUCUCUGCGGUGCCUUCUUUGGACCGCUGCUGGCGGCCUGGGCGCUUCAGACCUCAAGGAAAGCAAGAACGCACCUCGCUCUUCAGGACCUUUUCUUGACACCCAGCACGGGCUUGGAGCUGCCAACAGAUCCAACGUCGCCGCCGCUUCCAGGAACGCCUCAGGCUCCUUCCAAGCACGGCAAUCCUGCUGCUCUUGUCGCCUGUUGCUGGGUCUUUUUCUUUGCGAUCUUUUGGGUGACGCUGCUGGUUCCCGAGACCAAGCCGGCACCUGCCGUAGAUGCAGCAGACUCGCCCGCGUCGGUCCCGCCGACCAGGAGUCGAGAUGGCGAUGCUCAUGCGCAUGAUGACACAGAGACGCUUUCGCUGUCGCCCGCUAGACUUCGCGCACACAAGGUGCUCGGCCCACUGUCGAUCUACCUGCCUCAAGUGACACGAGAUGGGCGCAAGGAUUACCGUCUGACGUGGCUUGCUCUGGCUGGCGCCUUCAGCAACAUUGGCACCAACGCCUUGUCGUACGUUGCGGUCUUUGCGGGCUACAAGUUUGACUUCACGCCGGAUGCGAUCGGCCUUUUGCUAGGACUGAUCGGUGCAACCAGGGCGGUCUGGCUUAUCUUUGCCAUUCCGCUGCUCGUCGUGACGUUUGAGCGCACCAUCCGCAAGCCUGGAAACAUCGCAUCGCUAUCAGCAGCGCAGCUCGAAGCACUCGCCAAGGCUGGACUCAAGGAUCCGGAUCUCAAGCAAGCAGAUGCCAGACAGGCUGCAGACGUAGGCGAUCGAGGAAUCGCACAGCCCUUGGAUCAAAACAGCUCCCUGGAUGCAGGGGCAGCAGACACAUCGACAGAAACGAUCCGCGCCGUAGUGCUCUGGAGAACAGCUGUCGACAUUGCCAUUGGCAAAGUGUCGUACUUUGCCGACAUUGUUGGCUACCUUGUUGUGUUGAUUUCGGCCAGCUUCUCGAAUGCGGCAGCUAUGAUCACUGGCACGCUCUUCCUCUCGUUUGGCGCAGGCGCGGGCCCAGCAGUCGCAUCCGCUGCGAUUGCCAUCAUUCAGGAUCAGAAGCGAGCCGGCCAUCCUACUUUGCAUCCUUGCCUCCAUGCGUCGCCCACGGAUGACUGGCUCGCAGCACUAUCCAUCUCUGACAACAUUGUCAACGGACUGAGCCCAAUUCUGAUCAGCGUCGUGUACAGCUUGACCAUCGAGACGGCCUUACCCUCGACGUGCUUCCUGAUCCCGACCGUCGGCUACAUUCUAUCUUUUGUGCUGCUUGCGAUGGUAGAUACCCGUGUUCACGUUGUCUCAGACUCGAGCUAA